AUGAGUGAGUAGUCAAGUAUUAUUUUGCAUUUGAACUCUAUGAAGGAUAGCAUAAAAAGUGCUUUCAAAGUUUUUGAUGAUAUUGAUUAUGAAUGUUAAGAUGAAGAAAUCAAAUAAAAUAAUAUAGAGUUUGUAAGUAUAUAAGUAUAUGAUUAGGUUGAAGAGAAUAAACAAUAUUAAGAACCAAAAUAUAUAUCAAUAACUGACUAAAAAAGAGUACUCAAUAAUUUUGAUAAUUUAAUUUGUUAAUUAUAAUUAGUAACACCAUUCUAUAGUGAUCAAAAAUAGUACUAUUUACAAUAAUAUAGUUUAACUUUUGAGUUGAAUGACAAGAAUAAGAGACAAACAUAAAUUAAACAUUAAUAAAUGUGGGAUUAAAUAAAGUAAGAAUAGAAAGUGAGAUUUACUAAGUAUUAAGAUGAAACAAUUUUAGAAAAAAUAUUUGUAUUAGAUGCCUAAUUGAAAGAAGAUUAUGAAUAUACUCUAUAAUACAUAAGUGGAAAUUAAAAAAAAACUAUAUAAAUUAAAUUUCAUGAUAUUCAAAAAUUGAAUCCACCUAAUUAUUUGAAUGAUAGCAUAAUUAACUUUUAUCUUAAAUUUAUAGAAUUCGAAAUGACAGAUUAAACUUUACGUACUAAAACUUAUAUUUUUAAUACAUAUUUUGUAUAGAAAUUAUGUUGUUUUGAAAAACUAUAAAUGAUAGGUCAAAAUGAUAAUCUUAGAUUAAGUGAGUUAUUUAAAUCAUCAUAUGAAUAAAUAAGGAAGUGGAUAAAGGAAGAUUUAACAGAAAAAGAAUAUUUAUUAUUUCCAAUUAAUUUACCAGAACAUUGGUCUUUGCUAAUAGUUCAUAAAAAGACAAAGUCAUUUGCAGAUUCAGUUAUAAUAUAUUUAGAUAGUUUUGGAAUUAUGGAUUAAAAAUUAAUUACAAUCAUUAAAAUGUAAAUUUAUAUAUAUAUAUAAAUAAAUAGGUAUCUUCAUAAAAUGGAUUGUGAUAUUAAUUAAAUAGAUGUGAAUUAUAAUGAUUGUCCAAUUAGAUUAAUUCCUUCUUUUUAAUUAUUAGUUCCUCGUUAAGUUAAUUAUGUAGAUUGUGGAGUGUUUCUAUUAGAAUAUGCAGAAUCAUUUCUAUUUAAUCCAAAUUAUUUAUUAUCUGAUGUAGAAUCACCUGAUGGAAUUUAUAAAUUAAAAUUAUUCCCUAGAACUUUAGUAUGUAAUAAAAGAUUGCUUAUGAAAUAAUUACUUAUUGAUUUACUAGAAUUUGAUAAAACAACAGCCAUUACUUAAUAUCAAUAAAGAAGAUAACUAAUCAUAGAAUAAUCUUGUAAUAUUUAUUUACUAUUUUUAGAAUCAGAAUAAGAUGAAUAUGAUUAAAUUGAUUAAACACAUUUUAAAGAAUUUAUCAAUCAAAAAAAUUUAAAUAGCAUUGAAUAAAGGCAAUUAUUGUUAGAUUUCUAUAUGAAUCCUUAACAAAAUUAUUAUGAAUCAUGA